AUGGCCGAGCCCGAAGCAGACAACCUGCGCAUCCAGCACACAAACCCCCAAGAUGUCGACCUCUCCGACGAGACCCAAGACUUCCGCUUCCUAAACCUCUUCAAAAAAGCAGACCCCGCCUCCCUCCCCCGCCGCGGCGAAAAGGACUUUGAACCCGACGGCACCACCCUGCAAGACACAAUCCUGCACGAGUCGCGCCUCGCCAUGCACGAAGCGCUCCUCGGCGAGCGCAAGCACUCCACAAAGGCGCACGUCGAGGCCACCUGGCGCCCCGCCAAAAGCCUCGCGCAGGUCAAGGUCGCCCGCGGCCCGCACUUCAAGACCGUCGGCCGCGCCGACAAGCACGGCGUGCUGUGGCUGCUGCCCGAGGAAACGAUAUACCUGGUUGAGCGCGGAAACCUCGAGUGCUGGUGGGAGGAGGGCAUCCCCAUGAGCCUGCAGGGCGCAUAUGCGAGCUGCCUGGACGGCUGCGGGGGGCUGGAGAGGUAUCAGGUGUAUGCGUACCUCAAGCGUGCGGGGUACAUUGUUCAGCGCGCUGCCACGUUUGAUGAGGAGCCGGAGGAGUCUGCAUCGGCGGCAGUGGUAGCGGUGCAGACGGUGCAGCCGCGGAAGGGUACAUCUGGCGGAGUGGGGCUGACGAGCAUUGUGUCGCUGGCAAAGACGUUCUUUUCGCCGGCGCUGCCGGCCCACGGCCCCAUCAUCGGCCCGGGGACGUAUCGGUCGUACGACGCAAUCUACACGCGCCUGUCACUGAUCCCGUCGCACCAUCCGCCGCGGAGGCCCACGCACCCCGUGUCGGCAGCGGCGGGGCGGGCGCCGUUCCGCGUGGCGUAUAAUGUGUGGAAGCCGCGGCCGAGCUUCAAGAAGAGCGAUCCGCCGGCGCCGGAUUUCCGUGUUGCGGUUGUGUCGGCGCGCGAGACGAGCCUGCCGACGCUGCGGGAGCUGGCGGCGCUGUUUGAUUCGGUGCCGGUGGAUGCGGAGACGGCGGCGAAGGCGCAGUUUAGCAGGCUGAAGGAUGGGUGGAGGAAUGUGGUCCUGGCGGUGGUGGAUAGUGGGGUCACGAGCUAUUUGAAGAUUGGGGAUGUGGGUUUUGCGGGCGAGGAGAUGUGGAAGUGGAAGCCGGGAGCGGGGCGUGGUGGGAAGAGGGGCGGAAGGGGUGGGAGAGGGGGCGCGAGGGGAGGUGCUCCUGGGAGAGGGAGGGGCAGAUAG